CAGUCUUCGAUUUGCUUGUUCAGUUCAUAUUGUGACUUUGUGCUGAAUUAGUGUUAUGUGGAGUAAAAAUACUUAGGGAAUUUGAUUUUCGUUUCUUUCGUUUGAGAACAAAAUGCUUUUGAAAACGAUUUUGGCGUUAAGUCUUUUAUUAACCGUUAUCGAUUUGACUUCCUGUCAAUGGUGUACCAAACAAAGAUAUGAGACACAAAUUUAUGGUGGAUGGGAAAGUUAUGCAGAAAGUUAUUGGACUAAAAAUUGGAUAUACAUUGAUGUGAUUAGAACCAGACGUGCGGAAAGAUGGGUGGUCCAUUAUAAUUAUGUAACCAAGACUGAAAUGAUUUGCUGUGAUGGUUACCGGAUGAACGGUAACAAUUGCGAGCCCAUUUGCCUGUCUGGCUGUCAAGCCAAUAGUCGCUGUACCAAUCCCAAUAAAUGCACCUGUAAUUCUGGUUACUUUUCCAGCACAGAGACUACAUGUGAGCCAAAAUGCACUGAAGACUGUGGGCCACACAGUACUUGUACUCAACCCGAGCUUUGUACAUGCGAUUCAGGCUAUACGAAAGUAAGUAGUGGCGCAUGUGAGCCCAUCUGUGAAGAGCCUUGUUCAGCGUAUGCCAGCUGCACUGCGCCAAAUACUUGUAGCUGCUUGACGGGUUACAUAUUCAACGAAAACUUGUCUCAAUGUGUGCCAGAGUGUCAAAACGGUUGUCCCUUGAAUAUGUACUGCCAAUCGCCAAAUCAGUGCGCAUGUCGCACCGGUUACAGACUACAAUCGAAUACCACGGAUAUUACUGAGGCGUCCACAGUGAGUUACAGCGAGUCAUGUGUACCGAUCUGCAGUGCUGGUUGUCCAGCGAAUAGUGAAUGUUACGCGCCUGAGGAAUGUCGCUGCACAGAGGGAUACACAGCGCUAACGGACGAGGACGGACAGUUGAGUAAUACGGGCGAAUGCGUGCCGGUAUGUGUGGACCAAUGUCCAGAGCAUGCCAAUUGCGUUAGGCCGAAUGAGUGCAUAUGCGAGUUCGGUUAUGAAAUGCUUCAACCGCCGCAACAUCGGCCCUACUGUCAGGCGUUAUGCACACAGAAUUGCGAGCUGUAUGGCAAAUGUGUGGCACCGAACUUAUGCGAAUGCUUUGUCGGCUAUGCACAUGUGAACAGCAGCACUAGCGCCAGCACCGAUCCGCAAGCGCCCUACUGUCAACCGGUUUGCUCCAAUGGCUGUGCGCAUGGCCGUUGCGUGGCACCUGAAAUGUGCGUCUGUCACUCGGGCUACCUAAUGGGCGCGCAUGGUGUGUGCGAACCCAUAUGCGCGGGGGGAUGUCAAAAUGGACGCUGUAUUGACGUGAACGUAUGCGCAUGUGAUGACGGCUACCAACUGACCGCCCACAUAUGUACGCCGAUGUGUUGGCCCGAGUGUGUAAAUGGAACUUGUAUUGCACCGGAUCAGUGCAGCUGUAAUGAAGGUUAUGUGCGAUCAGCAAAUAUUACGCAGCCGCACAUCUGCGAGCCAUAUUGCGCAAGUUGCAAUGGCGGCUAUUGCGUAGCACCGUCGAAAUGCAUCUGCCCUGAAGGUUUGGAGUUGACAGUCAUUGGAGACAGUAACGAAUGUACAGCAAUUCCAACGACUAGUAUGACAACGAUUGCUACAACCGAUGACACUACAACAAGUGAGUUUGAAACAACAACAACCGAAAUAUCGUCCACCACUGAAGGCACUGACUUGUUCAAUGAGACUGCAAAAAUUGUGUUGUUGACUGAAAAUGACUUGGAUAAGUGUGCAGUUAUGUGCAGUUGUUGGAAAACACAUUCGCAGUGAUGAGUGUCAUGAAAUAUGUGAAUCAACGGAAACUCGCUGCCUGGAUCCGCAGUUCUCACGUUGCAUUGUACCAAGCAAGCGAAUUGAAUACAAAACUUCUGAUGUAACGCAAUUAUAUGCGUGCUACAUGCGUAGAUUCACGCAUACACUGAAAACUGGCGGCGCUGCUCGACCAUUGCGUACUAUUGUUGUUGGUCUGUUGUGCUCUGCAAUUAUGUCAGUUGUGUUUGUUUGAGCGAUCAAAUAUCUGUCGUCUCCUUAAAGAUCUCUUAUAUAGUACGAAGUUUAACCAAAUCCAAUUGAGGAAAAACCAUAAAAGUAUUAAUGAUAUA